CGUUUCACUGUCAAAGACGAUCUAAGAGCCUAAUUACUCUAAUCAGUAUUUUUUAAUUAAUGUCACCCUCACCCUGUCUGUGAUGGACUAAUUUACCUACCCUGAUCAUGAGCUUACCUAUAUAAAUAUGCAGACUUCUUCUCUUCCCUCCUCUGCAUUAUCCUCUUCCACCAUAAUUUUAUCUCCAUAAUACCCUGUUCUUCGUGGCCCAACAAUCUUAAUCAAGAAUCGUCUUCGAUGAAGCUGCUCUGAUCGCAUUCAAUCGAUCACUCCUUUGUCGAUAUAAUGUCCAUCAACUCGAGGCACAAGGCAGAGGUCUGGGUUCCUAAGAAGUACCAAGACUCAAGUCCUGAGAGGACUAAGGUAUGGGUUGAGCCUAAGUCGAAUCAUAAGCACAAGACGGAGAGGAAAGUUGCUGUUGUUUACUACCUCUCCCAAAACGGCCUCCUCGAACACCCGCAUUUCAUCGAAGUCCCGCUCUCGUCGCCCGAAGGACUCUACCUCAGAGAUAUGAUGAACCGGUUGAAUCAUCUUCGUGGUGCCGGCAUGGCCAAUAUGUAUGCUUGGUCUUCGAAAAGGGCAUACAAGAGUGGAUACGUGUGGCAAGACCUGUCCGAGAACGACUUCAUAUACCCAUGCCACGGGCAGGAGUACAUCCUCAAAGGGUCGAGGCUCCUCGAAUCGUCCCUAAGCUUUCGGUCUGUUGACACUGUCUCCUCGGAGACUAACAGCUCCGGCGACCUCGAACACCUCCGGUUCUCCGACGUCCUCAGGCGGUCCAAGAACCGGUCCUUCACGUCCCUGGACGACCUCAACAUCAACAAGACCUACAUGGCGAAAACAAUGGGACAUCUCGGGGCGAGAACUGGCAGCAACAACGCAUCCACUCAGACUGAGGAGAAGGGCCGGAAGGUUAGUCCGGUACAUUCUUUGGAAGACGAGGAGGAGGUCGAGGAGCUUAGUAAGGAGGAGAUUUCACCUCCACCAUGUUCAAAUAAUUCAAGCAGAGAGCUGGGGAGGGAGGGUAUGGAAAUUGGACAUUCCAGAGAUCGUCAGCAGGCUUUGAGUGGGCCGGCUGACAUAAGGAAUCAGAUUAUGGAGGGUGAGAGGCCCAGUGGGAGGAUUAGGGCUUCCGCCGUUCUGAUGCAGCUGAUCAUGUGCGGGUCCAAGAACGGCGAGGACAUCGUGUUGCCGCAUACCCGAGAAUAGAAAACUGAAUUUCUGAAAAAACAUAAAAAUAAAAUAAGUGUGCUAUGCAUCCGAUCUGACUCUGCAUGAGACUCGAUCAUGGUCACGACCACCCUAGCUAGUCACUGUUGUAUCUGUCGUUGCUCUUGCUGUGGCCCAUGAUUUCUCUCGGACUCGGUCUAAGGCUUGGCCUGCAAAACAUGUACAAAGUAGUGUAUGUAAGUUUAUGCAGCAGAAGUGAUGCAAUGGCCCUUUUGCUUUUGGUAAAAACUAUGCUUCUCAAAGACGGCUGAAUAUGAACCAACCAACAGUUGAUCAAGCCGUUCAGCACGUAUUUUCCUUUAAGAAAAAUCUUAAAUUCGA